CGCGCGGAAGCCGCGAUCGCUUCGGGUCGGGGCGCCAAGAUGGCGUCCUCCGCCUCCGCUCGCGCUCCCGCGGGGAAGCGAGUUGUGAAUCAGGACGAACUGCGGCGGUUGAUGAAGGAGAAGCAGCGUCUGAGCACCAACCGGAAACGGAUAGAAUCUCCAUUUGCGAAGUACAACCGUUUGGGGCAGCUGAGUUGCGCCCUGUGUAAUACGCCGGUGAAGAGCGAGCUCCUGUGGCAGACCCACGUUCUGGGAAAGCAGCACCGGGAGAAAGUGGCCGAGCUGAAAGGCGCGAGGGAAGCCACCCAGGGACCGUCCUCCAGCGCAGCGCCUCAGUCAGCCAAGAGGAAGGUGCCGGACGCCGAUGGCCAAGAUGCCAAAAGACUCAAGGCCUCCCCGCCGCCUCAGGUGCAACCCUCCACAUCCGCUUUGCCCACCAACUUUGACAAAGCAGGGAAGGAAUCCACCAGAGCGACCCUCAGUAAGGCUUCGGGACUCGGUUUACUCCCUGAUUAUGAGGAUGAGGAGGAGGAGGAGGAGGAGGUGGAGGAGGAGGGGGGAGGAGGAGGGAAAGGAGGGGACUCGAGCAAGCAGCCGCCCGACGCACAGGGCAAGGACCACUCGCUUUCCUCCCCGAGGGAGGCAGCAAGUAGUAUGCUGCCAAGCGGUUUCUCGGAUACAAAUCCCCCCAAGGCCCCCUUAAUUCCUCAUUCAGGGUCAAUUGAAAAAGCAGAAAUACACGAAAAAGUAGUGGAAAGGAGAGAAAACACAGCGGAAGCAUUACCAGAAGGCUUUUUUGACGACCCUGAGAUAGAUGCAAGGGUACGAAAGGUUGACGCCCCAAAGGAUCAAAUGGACAAAGAGUGGGACGAAUUUCAGAAGGCCAUGAGACAAGUCAAUACCAUUUCCGAAGCCAUAGUUGCUGAAGAGGAUGAGGAGGGACGGUUGGACCGGCAAAUUGGGGAGAUCGAUGAGCAGAUAGAAUGUUACCGUCGGGUGGAAAAGCUUCGGAAUCGCCAGGAUGAAAUAAAAAAUAAGCUUAAAGAGGUUCUGACUAUAAAGGAACUGCAGAAAAAGGAAGAGGAGAAUAUUGACAGCGAUGAUGAGGGAGAGCUACAAGAUCUGCUGUCACAGGAUUGGAGGGUAAAAGGGGCUUUGUUAUAGGGUUUCAAGACCCAAGAUUUUCACACCCUCUACAAUGGUACGAAAAGUGCUGUUUCUGGGUAUGAUUACUGGUUCCGUCGUGCUUGGAGAUUUGGUGACCUAACUGGGUUGUUGACAUACAAUGAGCCUGUGAAGAUAGCACUUUUGAAAAUUGGUGUAAAAUAUUUUCGAGGUGAGGUUGUUUUUGAAAUUUUUGGACUAUUGUAUACUAAAAUGUCAACUUUUUUCACACGUUAAGUGAGUAAUUUUGCGUUGUCAAAUCUGUAAGCUGUAAAUACUGUACCUCGUUAAAUAUAUAUUUACUUAAGUAAUUCUGUUUUGAAAUUUAUAAAUAAAUAGAAGCCAGGCUAACAGACAAGCUUUUAGAUAAAAACCAAGUGUGGCAUUUGGGAUAUAUGUGUUUUUUUCUUUUCUGAUCCCCUAAAUCAACUCAACUUCCUGCAGCAGGAGGGUUUUGUAGAAAGGUGGGGAAGAGGGGUUGUUUUUUGCUUUCAAGAAUACUAUUUAUAAACAUUAUAAGUCAUUCAGGGCAAAUCAGUUCUCUGAGUAUUGUUUCUGUUUCAAAAACAUGCACUACGAGAACAUGGGAAAAUAGAUGACCAAACCUCCUUAACCCAAUUAUUUCUCUUGAUUAAACCAAUGAUUCUUGGAUGUGAUGUAGGUGCACAUGAAGAUCACCUGCCAAGCUUUUGAAAAGGUGCCUAUGAAGUACCUCGGAGCUUUGAAAAAAUUUGUGUGCCCAGAACCUACCAUUAAAGAUUCAGUAACUCUGUGGAGUGGGGCCCAGGUAUCUGUAUUAGUUUUGAAAGCAUCCCAUGUUGUUCUAGUAUAUGCCAAAGUUGAAGGGUCCUGUUUAGGUCGCCCUAAAUCCAGAACCCAUCUAUAUGUUUUCACGCUUUGUUUUUUUAAAUACCGCAUUCCAUAAGUUUAUCAUCAAUUGUAUAAAAGAAAUACCACCUUUUAUUUAGGUUUCAUCCAGUCUUAAAUUUAUUACAUUUCAUGGUUAAAUAAGGGUUCAGAGUUGCUGUCCAUUGUAGGGAGGAUAAGUUUUUUUCUCAAGGAGUAACAAUUAGCUUGUUCCAGUCACUCACGGACUGUUGAAAUCACUCCUUUUCCCUUUGGCAAUAGAGGUAUUCAAGUGAAAAAGGAAUUAGCAGUGUUCCAGAGGUAGAAAUGCAUAUGGCAUACUCAAAUGAAAGUGUGUAGUAAUGAUGAUAAUAACUAAAACAUAGCCUUUACAUUGGUUCUAAGUGUUUUACAUAAACCAAAUCUAGUUGCUCUAAAGCUCAGUUGUUGGGGGCCAGGGUGGCUCAGUCGAUUAAGCAUCUGCUCAGGUCAUGAUCCUGGGGUCCUGGGAUCAAGCCCCACGUCGGGCUCCCUGCUUAGUGGGGAGCCUGUUUCUCCCACUCCCCCUGCUUGUGCUCUGUCAAAUAAAUAAAAUCUUUUAAAAAAAAAAGUUUAAAGCUCAGGUUUUAUGAAGAAUACCAAGAGUUAAGGUAUGAAAAAGCCUCACUUGGAUGCUAGGUGAAGGAAUUCUUCCUGUCAGCAGUGUAGGAAAAAUAGAAGUUUUUGAACAAAAAAUGAUAUUUGCAAAAAUAAUUACGGAAGAUGAUUUUAGUUGCAGUAUAUAAAAUGGAAUGAAUGUGGAUAG